CACUAAUAUAUUGCAUAAGCUUACUAUAUUUCUAUAUGUUACGUCAUUUAUAGAAAAUCUAGAGGCUGAAGAAAUCUUUCCAAUUCGAGACCUUCAUUUCAGGAGAACCUCUUCCCCCACAAAAAUGUUUUUCCUCCACAGAUUUAAUUUUUUUUGCAAAACUUGUCUUCCUGUUUUCCUCAGAAAAAAAAAGAGGAAUUAAUAAAAAAAAUCCCCCGAUGAAAUUUCCAUGAAUUUUUCUUAAUUUCUAUCAACCUGUUGGAGUUCCAUAAACUCUGUGGAUUCCAACAGUCCAUCCAAUCCAGCGAAAAGCAGAUUCCCCCAAGUUAAAACACAUUCGCCACCUGUUUGAAGAAUUGCCCAAAAGAGAAAUUCAUCUUAUCCCAACCUUUCCCUGAUCAAAAUUGCAAUCUUUAUUCAUUAUCGGAAGGAAAGGGGAUGGCUAGUAUCAGAAGCUCUUCUAGGGCGCCAUCGAUUGCCUCUUCGCAUCAGUCUCCGGCAAGAUCAGACGAUCAUAAAAUCGCGCAGUGCACCGUAAGUUGCGUGUAUCAGACACACAUCGCCGGCUACUGGCGCAAUGUGACUGCUAUGUGGAGCAAGAACAUCAUCGCGAACUCACUCUCCAUCUCUGUGGAAAGCGUGGAGCGUGAUCGAGUUUGCACAUGCAAGCUCGAGCUUAAACCUUGGUAUUUUUGGUCAAGAAAAGGAAGCAAAACUUUCAUGGUCGAUGAGAAUCAGCUUGAGCUCUACUGGGAUUUACGAUCAGCCAAAUUCUCCGGCCCCGAGCCGAGUAAAGACUUCUACGUUGCGUUGGUCUUCGAGGAGGAGGUCGUGCUGUUGCUCGGUGACAUGGAGAAGAAGGCGCAUAAAGCGACCAAAGCUCGGCCUUCGUCGGUGGAAGCACUGAUGUAUUACAAAGAGGAGCAUGUGUUUGGCAAGAAGUCCUUCUCCACGAGGCUGAGGUUCGAUGAGAGCAAGGAGCACGACGUGGUGGUGGAGAGCUCGACCGCGGGGGAUAAGGAUCCGGAGAUGUGGAUUAGCAUAGAUGGGAUUGUGUUGAUACACAUUAGGAAUUUGCAGUGGAAAUUCAGGGGAAACCAGACCGUGGUGGUGAACAAGCAUACGGUGCAGGUCUUGUGGGAUGUAUACGCGUGGCUGUUCUGCCCGCCUGGGGCAGAUCACGGCCUCUUCAUCUUUAAGCCGGGUGACGAGGGGGACGGUAAUGGUGAGGGCGACAGUCAGUGUGAUGGGAGCGACUGCAGCGGCCCCAGCAUGUACUACUCCGCGAGGGGAUACUCAAAAACCGCGGAGACGUGCUACUUUCUGUACGCGUGGAAGACCGAGUGAGUGAUGAAAAGAGGCUUCAAAGAGGCAAAAGGGGGAUGGAAAAGGCAAAGUGGUGCAAUCUUGUGAGGAUUAACACUUCGACCAAAGGACUGACGGGCUGAUCUUGACCUAUAAAUGCCAAGGGAAAAACUCUGUAUGCAAACAUGGCUGGCUGCCCCCAUUUUUGAGAAUAAGAAAUCAAGAUAUCUUGAGUUACACCAAAUCUUUUUCAUGUAUUAAUACACCAUUUUUUAUUCAAUAUAGUCCGUUACAAAUGACUGAUUCUACCUUGUGUUUGCUCCAUACGUCGAAUGAGUGCAGGGCUGCCUUCACAACAAGUUUUGAAGCUACAGAAAUCUAUACAAGUUGCAACAGAAGAUCACCUAUUUGUUUGUUUCAGGCAAGUUAGAAAUGUAAAUAAACACCGAAGAUAUAUGAUGGAAAUCGAUGAUUGCUGAAAAUUUUGUGACAAAGGGCAGCACUUUGGUUACUACUUUCAUUACCAUAAACUGCUAUCCCAUCUUCAUCAGUACCCUCAUCAUCAUUUCAUCCAGCAGGUUAUCUUAGAAGGUAAUACAAAUGUUAUUAAUAUUAUGGGAAUAUGAAUGUGUGUAUCUAUGUUUUUUUCUGUCUAAAUUCAGUUUGGAUUACUUAAAGAUUAUGCUGCAUUUGGUCA